AUGAAAAGCGACCCGGUGGCCAAAAGCUGCAACUUGUCGAUCUGCACAACCUCGACAGACAUGAACCGGUCCAUGGUGUUGAUGGCCAAAAACAACGUUUCCGGGCAAGAGACGGAACCGCUGGUGCAUCUCCACAAGCCAGUCCACCAAGAUCGACCGCAUGCGUGGCUUCAACUGCGUCUGCUUGUACAAGUAGUUGGCGUCGGGCAAAGUUUUGCGCUCGAGCUCGUGCAAGUAAGGGAAAAUCUCGCCCACGUACUCGCUGACCAUAAGCGGAUCAUCUGCGUCCUCUUCGUCGAGGUCCUGCCACUGGUAGUCCUCGCGGCGAGAUUUCUUGUGGUUUUCCGAGACGUGGAGUUUUUCCACCAAGUUGGUGCUGGACUCUGUGGCCUGGCGCUUCUGCGGCAACCGCACAAGCGAGUCGCCAAGCGGGUCGCCAAGCAACGGCGCCUGCGGGCGGGCAAACGUGUCUGUUCGAGAAAGGGGCCGAGGGACGGUCUCGCCUGGUUUUUCCGUUUCGGGCGCCCGUUUUCGAGACGACGGCACGGCAGCGGGCCGCUGCGCAUGCUGCGAGUCUGUGGCAAUGCCAAACUGGCGGGAAACGUCGCCUAG